ACAGGAAAUAUGAGUAUCAGGAAGUAGAAGGUUUGGAAGAUUUCUUUGCUCGCUCCAGUGUCUAACAAACAUUGCAAACUCUGAAAAUUAGCUCGAUUUAAAAGCAUACAUGUUCUUUUGUUGAAUAAAUAAGAGUUUGAAGCGCGAGAUCUGCGUAUCUACGUGGAACAAGUUCUGGGAGAGUUGAAGAGUGAUGAAUCGGGUCCCUCUGCAGCAGCCGCUGACGUGUGGCCCCUGGGAGCUAAAGGAGCGACUGGGGACUGGAGGCUUUGGGAAUGUCACAAAAUGGCAGAACAAGGAGACAGAGGAGCAGAUUGCCAUUAAACAGUGUCGCCAGGAGCUGAGUGACAGAAACAAAGAGCGCUGGUGUUUGGAGAUUCAGAUCAUGAAGAGGUUAAACCAUGAGAAUGUCGUCGCAGCCAGAGAAGUUCCGAUGGGAAUGGAGAAGCUAAUGGCCACCAAUGACCUCCCUCUUCUAGCGAUGGAGUUCUGCCAGGGUGGAGACCUCAGGAAGCAUCUAAACGUUCUAGACAACUGCUGUGGAAUGAGGGAGGGCGCCGUGCUGAUUCUCCUACAGGAUAUAUCAUCCGCUCUGAUGUAUCUCCACCAAAAGAGGAUCAUUCAUCGAGAUUUGAAGCCAGAAAACAUUGUGCUGCAGCAGGGAGAAAAGCGAUUGAUUCACAAGAUUAUAGAUCUUGGAUAUGUAAAGGAGCUGGACGCAAGCAGUUUGUGUAUCUCAUUUGUGGGAACACUGCAGUACUUGGCUCCUGAGCUCAUAGAGAGGCAGCGUUACACCUACACUGUGGACUACUGGAGCUUUGGGACUUUGGUGUUUGAGUGCAUCACAGGAUUUCGUCCCUUUUUACCAACAUGGCAGCCUGUUCCUUGGCACAACAAAGUCAGACACAAACAAGAUGAUGACAUCGUUGUCCAAGAGGACCUUGCAGGAGAAGUACGAUUCUAUAAGCACCUGCCACAGCCCAAUAAUCUCAACAGUCUGUUACUGGAAAAGUUGGAGAGGUGGCUAAAGCUAAUGCUCAAAUGGUCACCACAGGAGAGAGGAAAGGAUAAAAAUGUUACUCCCAGUGACGGUUUUUCUCAACUAGAGCUCAUAUUGAAACUCAAGUUGGUUCGUGUCCUAAACAUGAUGACAACAAAAACGCUUGUUUAUUCUGUGUCGGAGAAAGAGACAGUGGCUGAACUGCAGAAAAGAAUUGAAAAAGAUUCCAACAUCCCAGUAGCGAAUCAGGAGCUGCUGCUGGAGGCAGGACUGGCCCUGGAGCCACAGGGACUGGCUCUGCAGUGCGCUGUCGACUACGCUGAAAUAGACGGGCGAAGGACCGAUUUCCCAAUGGUUUUCCUUUUUGAUCGCUCUUCCUGUAACUAUGAACCUCAGUUUACUCCUCGCCCUCUCCCUGAAAACAUACGCUUUGUUCAAAAUGACCCCAGUCACAUUUUGCAAUACAGUCCCCUGAGGAGGACUUGUGGCCAGGCUUGGCACACGAUCCGCUGUCUGAAAGAAGACUGGCAAAGGCUGCAACAGGGCCAGAAAGCUGCUAUCAUGAGUCUUUUGAGACACAACUCCUCUUUAUCCAAACAGAAUAUUGAAAUGGUCUCAAUGCACCAGAGGCUUAUGGCCAAACUGGAUUUCUUCACAACCAGCCUUCACAUAGACAUGGACAAAUACCAGGAGCAGACUGCCACUGGAAUUGCAUCAGAGAAACUGCUUUGUGUUUGGAGGGAGAUGGAGCAGACUGCUAUAAGCUGUGGUCAGGCCAAGGUCAAUGAACUUGAGGAUGAGAUGAUGCACCUACAGCCUGAUAUUGUGGAUGUGCAGAGACAGAGAAGUGGAGAGGCACUGGACACACUUGAAGGAAAAGCAAUGGAGAUGUUCCGCAAGCUCAGAGAAAAACCCAGAGACCAAAGAUGUUCAGGAGACGGCCGUGAGGUCGUGCGACUUGUAGUCCAGGCUGUACAGUUUUUUGAGAAGAAGGUCAGAGACUUCUACACACAUCUCAGUAAAACUGCUCUGUGUCGAAAACGUGUGAUGGAGCUGCUGCCCAAAAUGGAGGAGGUGGUGCAGAAGAUGGUGGAGAGCGAACAGGUCCUCAUGACUCUGCAGGAGAAAAGACAGAGGGAGCUGUGGAACCUGCUCAGAGUGGCCUGUAGUAAAGUUCGCAGUCCUGUAAGUGGAAGUCCAGAAGGUUUACGGACCUCUGUGCCACAUUUAGUAACUCCACGACACAGCCUUCAGCAACCGGAUGAGUCUCUUGUGGAGGAAAGUAGGACAUUUGAAAGUCGUCUCCAAAGUUUGCUUCAAGACACAAUCCAGGAAUCAGAAAGCAGUAUGGAGAUGUUGCGGGAAUGGACGUGGCUUCAGGAUGACCAAAGUUUCUCCAGUGAUCUGUCAUGAAGAGGAGAGAUUGUGCUGUACUCUGCUCCCUCCUUGUGGACACGAUGUGAACAUGUUUCUGUGCACCUUGUACAAAACCAGUGCGACUCUGUGCGUUUUACUCUUAAGCUGACAACAAAGACCAUACAUUUUAGAAACUAUAUGAUCACCACGCCAAUGCAACCUCAACUGGUAAGGCCAAAUCUCUAUAAAUAUAAUAUAGCUGGUAAUAGAUUAGCUAGUUGAUGGUUGUUUUCUAUGUGAGGUGAUACUGUACUUACAUGUUUUAGGGUCUAUCGGCCCUAAAGCUCCAGAAAAGGUUUCUCCUAAGUGUAAAAAAAAAGCUGAUGAAAGGAUUAUUUACUGUUUUAUGAAUUAUGUAAAUGUCUGAUGUUUUCUACCCUUUAAUCUUUGUACAUUACAGUAAAUAUAAAUAUAUAUUUUACUCCCUAUUGGACCUUUUUGAAUGUCGUUAAACAUGAAACAAUGG